GCGCCGAGCCCGAGCACGGAGAACAUGGCCCCCGCCGAGGAAGCCAAUCGGAGCCCAAGCCCGACGCCGGGCCCGGGCCGCGAUCCGCCUGCGCCACCGGCCGUGCAGGUGGCCCCGGCUCCGACGCCCGCUGCGGAGGACGGCUGCUGCUCGUCUUUCGUGCAAGAAACUGGGGUAUCAAAUGCAAAAAUGUCUGGGUCUGGACGGAUUCCAAUUUGUGAUGCGAAGUCUACAUUAAUAUGACAAAAUUUGUCAUGCAUGGCUAGCAAGAAGCCCCAUUUCUUGUUUGCAAGAGAGGGGGUUUGUCAUGAUGAUUAGGCAUUGGGAUAAGUGCUCAAAGUCUGUGAUGCUGGAGCGUGCAUGUCAGACGAUCUUGGUCGGGUAAAAACUGCAUGACAGAUCUCGGAUUCUUCCAGACCCAGACACUUUUGCAAUCCAUAUGGGGGAGGCCCUCCUACGGAAGACCACCGCGAAGUUGGCGCCGGCGCUGCGGCUUUUCUCGCAGCGCCGUCCGCCCAACAAGACGACGGGUCGGACCCAGUUCCCGUGCCGGGCGAGGACAGCCUGGGGUUUUUCCAUCCUCCUGCCAGUGCCCGCGACUUCGCGCCGGACCCGGGUGCCGAAGCUUUUCUCACGGUGUAAAAAUCAUGGGACAGAAGAACAGAAGCCGCUCGAGGAGAAAGUGGAGCGGCCGGCGACGCCAUGUCGCUUUUCAUCAAAGUUGUGCUACUGGUACUAUAGUUGGAGACGUGUCUUCGACAAUCACUUUAUUUUUUCACAACCUCAACCUUUUUAUAAUAUCUUGAUCUUCUUCUUCUUCCUAGCAGUUCGCAUUCGCUCCGGCACCGGCUACAGUGACCUACUUAAACUCUGAUUUUGCAUCUACUUCCUACACCUUAAUCGUACUUUUUCUCCGAGUAGUUUGCAGCAAAUUCAUUCUUGCAACAAUUCGGUCGUCGGAGAGUGCAACAAGUCUAAGCAAAGGUUUGCUUCGUAUAAGGAGCGCCAACACGCAAUUUUAUUCAUCCUUAUUUAUGUUGCAUACACAUUUCCUCUAGUGACACAUUUGCGCAACUUCAAUUUUGCAUCUCGCUCAUUCGCGGAACGACGUCCAGCACGCUAUGAGAAAGAUAAGCUCUGCACGCACUGAUGAAUUGCAUAUCAUUUUACAUCUACUCAGACUUCACAUUUUGAUUUCACAUUGAUGCAACAUAUCGUUUUACAAACUAUAACUAUUUCGAUAAGUAAGCACGUAACAAUGUCGGAGCCCGCAUUCAGUACCCCCUACUCCAAUCGGACUCAUCUGUAAGUUUUCCCCCACGAGAUCUUUCCGGAGCUUCUUAUUCAUUUCAACAUACAACAGUAAUCCCCUUCCUUAAUUUUCAGAGCAGCUGCAACUCUGCUUGAAACACAGGACAGCUGCUUGCGGCGCUGGUCUGUUUUCGACUGGAAGUUCUCUCCUUCUUGAUGGUACUACUACAAGUAUAAUAUAUCAGAAGAUUUAGCGCAACUAGGAAAAGUGACACUGGCGAAGAUUCGUUGCGUUUUGUCACGUCAGAUGCGGAAGUUGUACCAAACGAAGCUGAAGAUGCACUUCUCUGCGCUGUACCCCUUUAUCCCCUCAUGAGAAAAAC